CCUUAGACAGAUCUCACAGCACAUAGAUGGCGGUAUUUGUGAUAGAAAACUCGGCCAUUUUAGUGUAAGUUCACAUGGUUCAGGCAUGGCGAUGGAGAUGAGAUUGCCUGUGAGAAGAGAAACGUCUCUGCCGGCUUCUCAUUCCAGUUCGGACGUUCAGCAUUUGGUUGUUCCGGGGGAUGUGAUCACAUCAGACACCGGGUUUAUGAGAGGCCAUGGUACGUACAUGGACGAUGAAAAACUCACCGCUUCUGUGGCUGGUGAGGUUGAAAGAGUCAACAAACUCAUCUGCGUCAGGCCGCUGAAGACGAGAUUCAACGGUGAAGUCGGCGAUGUGGUCGUUGGUCGGAUCACUGAGGUACAGCAGAAACGCUGGAAAGUGGAGACGAACUCUCGGCUGGACUCAAUAUUGCUUCUGUCUUCCGUCAACCUUCCUGGAGGAGAGCUGAGGAGGCGAUCAGCAGAGGACGAACUUACCAUGAGAGUCUAUCUUCAAGAAGGGGAUCUUAUCAGUGCAGAGGUGCAGUCUGUCUUUUCAGAUGGAGCCCUGUCUCUUCAUACACGCAGCUUAAAAUACGGCAAGCUGGGUCAGGGCGUGUUUGUGCAAGUCUCACCCUCGCUCAUCAAGAGACAGAAAACCCAUUUCCACAAUCUGACAUGUGGAGCGUCCAUAAUACUAGGGAACAAUGGUUAUAUUUGGAUUUACCCCACACCAGGGCAUCAGGAUGAGGAGGCAGGAGGGUAUUACACGAGCCUGGCGCCCAUUCCUCUCCCAGACCGGGAAGUCAUUUCUAGACUGAGGAACUGUUUACUGGCUCUGGCAGCUCACAAAGUUCUGCUUUAUGACACUAGCAUUCUCUACUGCUAUGAGUCCUCAAUGACACACCAGAUCAAAGACAUCUUGAAACCUGAGAUCACCGACGAAAUCGUGAUGGAGACAAGGCAACGACUUCUAGACCAAGAGGGUUAAAAUGCUCGUGGUCAACAAUGAGGACUGUGAUAGGAGAUCUAACAAAAAGGAUCUGUACCAGUGUUAAAAUUUAAACUUCCCGAGUAAAAAAAAAAAAGAACAGGAACUGCAUUGAUGUUUAUAUGUCAAGGCACAUGUAUUGUUUUAUCUCUGGUUAUACAAAUAGUGUCCUGUUUCUGAGAUUCUUUCUGAGAUACAGCUCACAGUCCCAAAGGUCUCAAUACCAAAGUGAAAUUAAAAACUUUUUUUUUUAUGCAAAAAUGUCUUCCAAAAUUUUUCAUACUUGCAUACAUAGUUUAUAGAUAUUUUUUUUUUGUUUUUUCCCCAGAUAGCUUUUUAAGAACAGCACAGAGAUCAUAUAAAGAAACAGAUUCAAAAUGCAGUUACACGUGUCCCAUAUGUAUAGAGAUUAAUGUCCCAUAUGUAUAGAGACGAGCUCUGGGACACUUUGUACACCUUGUACAGGUUUUUUUAUUUUUUUAUUUUAUUUUUUUUAUUAAUGUUGCCUAAACUGAUUGAAGGAAAACUCUAGUAAUGUCCAACCAGUGUCUGUCCUGUGAAUCUGUAACAUAUCUGUCCCCGAUAAUAACUUUGACAUGUUUCCUCUGUACUAUGAACAGAACUCGAUUACUUCAAAACUUUAUCAUGAGUGUCAAAGGGCAGGUGUAGACUUGAUCAAUAAAUAUUUCAAAAUGUGUGCCAAAAUGACAUGAAGUUUAAAACAACCACCCUAAUCUAAAUUUAUAUAGUUUAAUCUUCCUCUUUUUCGCACAAGGGACGAUACUAAGGACGUUUCUAUGAUAAACAAUAUGUAUUAUGAUAUAAAGUUCUGCUAAGAAACGAUCCAAUCGCAUUUAGAAGUAAAUCCUGGAAAACCUUUUUUGUUGAAUGUCUACAGACAUGAAAUUAAGACUUAUUUAAUUAACAUGUGUUUGUUAUAUUUUUAUAUUAUUAGAUUAUAUAACAUUACACGAACCUUCAGUAAUUAAAAAAAAAUAAAAUUAAUGGCACUUCUUAACCUCAUUAACAUCUUCCUUUAUGCUGAUUUAUUUGGAGAAUUCAUUAGCACGUUCUACAAAAAUGUCACGUAUGUAUUAUGUUGAUGGAUGGAAUUAAAACUUUCCUUCUUUUCACAGUAUAGGCAUGUCGACAUUUUUGGCUGUAGUAAUUGCACAAAUUCUCCACACCAAGACAUGAACACACAUGCAGUAGACAGAUUAAAUCAAAUCUACUGCAGUAAUAUCCUCUAUUAUUCCUAGUAGUAUCUUUAAAAUCCUAGUAAAUAGUAAGGGCAUAACCAUUUCCCAAACUUUACAGUGACAUACAAAGGGAUAAAUGUUCAUAAAAUACUAUAUUUGAUGCAGAAUAUUCAAACAUUUAAAGUGUCAUGUAAUGUUCAAUGUUUAGUUGUUUUUUUUUUCGGUAUUGAUUUGUUUGCAGGUUUUUCACCAAUGUAAACUAUCAGUCACGAUUCAUUUAGACUGAUUUUUUGUGAAUCUUGAAUGUGAUUUCCUACAUUAUUACGGGAGUGUUGUAACCUUUUAUAACUUAUUAUGUAUUAUGGUUUGUUUUUAAGCUGUACAAAGAAAGAUAAAUUGGCAUUUAUUAAAUGAUGCUUUCUGAAUAAAAUAGUAGUAAUUUUA